AUGAAAGAAUACGGUCGCUAUUCUCGAGGGCGGGUGGAGAAUUAUCAUCACAAUGAAAGAAACAGCACGUACCAUCAUCCUCGUACAAAACAACAGAAUUAUGAUAAUAACAACCGAAUGCGUUAUAAUGAUAAUAACACAUUUAAUGACCAAUAUAGAAGUAGCAACAACACGCGUCAUUACCCGAAUAAUGAUCGGAAAGAUUAUUAUUCAAGAAAUAAUAAUUAUCAUCACCCGUACCAACAUUCAGCACACAUUUCAACCAAUCAUGGAUAUUCUGCAAAUAAUUAUGAAAAAACAGACAAGUUACCGAGCGGAAAUAAGCAAGUAACAUUUAAGGAGUCUCAUUUGGAGGAAGUUAAGGAACAACAAGCCUCACAACUAUCUUCAACUUCCCAUUGUGAAGCUUGUCGUCACUUGAAACCAGACUUAAUGUGCAAAGGGUGCCCUAAAUGUAUUCACAACACGUGUUGUCCUGAUGACAUUCCUCGAGAUCAAUCUUCUUAUUAUUGCAAAGAGUGUUAUACUGUGCAGGUGCAAAUUAAGAGAGAUUGUUGCGAGGUGGUUUGUUUAGAUAACCAAAGAAAGACAUUGAUAACGCUGGAGAACUUGACUAAUACACCAUUAGUCAAGUGUCCACUCUGCAACCAACAUUAUAGGACACCUGCUCUUGAUAAUCAUCUUUCCUUUCAAUGGAUGAAAAAUAUUGAAUUUGAUCAUGAAGAUAUAAUACCUAUAUCUUUGCCGGAAAAUAAUGAUUUUUCGUCACCUUCAUUAGAAGAUGAAUGGAACAUUACGUUCUCAAAAUUUUUACUUGUGGUUGGUUUUGCAAAAGAAACCUUAGAAGAUGUUGUUAAUUCCGUACGCUUUUCCAUAUCCAAAUUUCAAGAUAACAAGAAAGGAGUGUGUCUAAUUGGGUGUGGCUCCUCUAUAGAAGCCUAUCAACUCGCUUGUUUUCUCAGAAAGCAAGUAGUGGCCAAUUCCAGUCAUCCAAUGAUUUAUUUUAUUAAGCCGUACAGGGCGUUACAACUGGAAUUAAGCAGAUUUGAUGGUUCUAACGAACCAACGCUGAACCAAAUAGAGACUGAAUUGAAACACAUGAUAUCUGAUAAGGUUAAAUUUAAUGUGAAGCAAUGGUCGUGGCGAAAGAGUUACGGUAUAUUAACAUUCAAUGAUGAUGAUCAUUGCAUUUUGGUAAUGUGGUAUUUUCUUACUGAACCAAAACAAAAAGGAGGACAUACAUUACGAUUUCUGAAGGGAUCUUUGUGUCAGGUUAAACCCUCUAAUUGCUGUGAAAUUAGGAAUAUUCCAUCAACAAAUAGUUUCCAUCUAGAAAAACUAUGGAAUGAUAUUAUGGAAAGGGUUAGUUUAGCAUUCAACUGUUCGAUUGACAUAAUCGAACAUGGACUUUUGCAGAAUAUGGAAUAUUCUUGUAAUUGUAUCAAGGUCUGGUUUCGAAGUGUCGAAUUUGCUCAAGCAUUCAAAUUAGCGUUAGACGGAAUGCAGUCCCUUCAAGUGGUGUAUGUUCAGCCAAUUGAAAAAUAA